AUGAAGCUCUCAUCCACAGCCCUCGUCGCGGCCAUCUCGCUCGCCUCGGCGGUCACCGCCAACAUCGGCCGUGGUGUACCGGACCACAAGGCCAUUCAGAACUUGUACCGGCGCCAUCGCGAUAGCGGCGAGUACGACAGGCUCAUCUACAAGCGUGGAUCGCGCCCUCACUCGGCGCUCAAGGCUCGUGCCACCACCGAGCCCGAGCAGGCUGCCAUCAAGGGCGCCAAGGCCGAAUGCACAGCGUACAACCUGCCCGAAGUCGCCGCGCUCGCCAAGCAGUUCCCUGUACCUUGGGACAACGCCACCAUCCUCCCUGGCGACUCGGAGGCGCAGAGCGUCUGGGCCAACAUCAAGGCUUCCGGCAUCAUCCCCUCGGGCAUCACACCCAAGGGUAAGGUCAAUGGUGAUUUCACCGGCUUCACCCCGACCUACCCCAGGACAGACCCAGACUGCUGGUGGACGUUCAACGGAUGCGAUAGCCCCAAGCACCCGAACUUGGCCAACGACCUGGUCCAGUGCCCCGAACCCGACACGUGGGGAUUGACCUUUGACGAUGGACCCAACUGCACCCACAACGCGUUCUACGACUUUUUGCAGCAGAACAACCAGAAAGCCACCAUGUUCUACAUCGGCUCCAACGUGCUCGACUGGCCCCUCGAGGCUCAGCGUGGCAUUGUCGACGGCCACCACAUUUGCGUGCACACGUGGAGCCACCAGUACAUGACCGCCUUCCCGGACGACCAGGUGUUCGCUGAGCUCUACUACACGGCCAAGGUGAUCAAGGACGUGGUGGGUGUGACACCGACCUGCUGGCGACCACCGUUUGGCGACGUUGACGACCGCGUGCGUGCGAUCGCCAAGGGACUGGGCCUUGAGACGGUGCUCUGGACCGACGACACGGACGACUGGAAGAUCCUGCCGCUCGGAACGCUACCUACGGCCAGCAUCGACGCCAACUACGCCUCGAUCAUCGCCAAGGAGACCGCGGGCCCUUCGGCGGGGCAGGGCAACAUCGUGCUCACCCACGAAAUCAACGGCCACACCAUGGAAGAGUUUAUGAAGCAGUACCCCAAGAUUCAGGCUGUCUUCAAGCACAUUGUGCCGCUCACCGCGUGCAUGAACCAGACGCGUCCGUACCCGGAGGCCAUCACCUACCCGAACUUUGCCCAGUACGUCGCCGGUAACAUCAACGCCACCGGCCUCCCGGACGGCAGCAAGAUCAAGGCCGCCGACAACAGCUACAACCCAAGUGCGGCCAUCAGCGCUACGGGCGCUGCGGCCAGUGCCACCGGAAGCGCCGCGGGUGGUUCCGGCUCGAGCUCCGGCAGCGGGGCGUCGGCUAGCACGAGCAAGGCCGCCCAGUCUUCCGUCAAGUCGGGCGCCACUGCGAAUCACUUGCCCACCCUGCUGGUCGGUGGGUCGCUCGCCGCCGCCGCUCUGAUCUCCGCCAUCGCAAUGCUUGCUUGA